AUGGUUGUUUGCGUCUUGUUUGCGACGAUGGAGAAACAACGUUUGAGCCGCUGCCAGGUGCAUAGAGUGGUUCGUCGCGGUGUUGGUCUCUCCGUCGUGGUGGCACACAAAGAUCUGUGUUGGUCACUCCGUCAAAACGUGCGUCGUCUUGUCACAGAGGCAUGUCUAGUUCUCGUGGUGGUGGGUCGUUUGAUUAUAGUGGAUUUGUGUUUUGUGUCGUUGGUUGACAUCAGCGAUGUC